AUGGAGAAAGUGAAUCAAACGUUCUUCUUAUCUCAUGGCUCUCCUACAUUGAGCAUUGACGAUAGCUUGGAAGCGAGACAGUUCUUCAAAUCAUGGACCCACAAAGUUUUGCCACAGAAACCCAAAUCGAUCUUGAUAAUCUCUGCACAUUGGGAUACAAAGGUUCCAACCGUCAACACUGUUCUUUGCAAUUCAACGAUCCAUGAUUUCUAUGGCUUCCCUGAUCCCAUGUACAAGCUGAAAUAUGAAGCACCAGGAGCUAUUGAACUGGGGAAGAGGGUAAAAGAAUUGCUAAUAGGAGGAGGAAUGAAACGUGUUGAUGAAGAUAACAAGAGAGGACUUGAUCAUGGAGCUUGGGUUCCUCUUAUGUUGAUGUAUCCAGAGGCGGAUAUACCGGUUUGUCAACUCUCUGUUCAAUCGUCUCAAAAUGGGACUUACCAUUACAACAUGGGCAAAGCAUUGGCUCCAUUGAAAGAUGAAGGUGUUCUCAUCGUUGGAUCAGGAAGUGCUACUCAUAACUUGAGGAAGCUCGACUUUAACAUCGCUAAUGGCUCAGCAGUUCCUUGGGCUUUGGCUUUUGAUCAUUGGCUCAGAGAUUCUCUUCUUCAAGGAAGAUAUGGAGAUGUAAAUGAGUGGGAAGAGAAAGCUCCGAAUGCAAAAAUGGCUCAUCCAUGGCCUGAGCAUUUUUACCCGCUUCACGUUGCAUUGGGUGCAGCAGGUGGUGAUGCAAAGGCAGAGCAAAUUCACACGAGCUGGCAGCUUGGUACUCUAUCUUAUUCUUCUUACAGCUUCACUUCUUCCCCUUGAAAACAUUUCAUCUCCAUCUCCUUUCACUUGUUGUUUGUGUACUUUUAAUGUAAGCUUUGUGUAUUUAAUAUAUCUUCAAUAAUCCAAAUCCUUCUAUGUAUGCAAAUACAAAAUCCUCUUGUGAAUCGCAAUGACAAGAAGAAAACAAGUCUGUACUUGUUUUUUUUAUUGGAUUUGAUGUAUGUAAAUGGC